AUGGCGGAGGGGCAGCUCUACGCCCUUUUCUGCCAGGUGGCGCCCGUGGCGUCCCUCCGUAUCUGCCGGGACGUCACUGGCAGGUCACUUGGGUACGCCUACGUGAAUUUCUACAGUAGGGAGGACGCCAAACGUGCAUUAGACUCUUUUACCCCUGCCAACAGGAAGCAUAUCCGAGUUAUGUUCUCGAAUAGGGACCCAACGCUGCGAUUGAGUGGAAAGGCCAAUAUAUUCAUAAAAAAUCUUGUGCCAAAUAUUGAUGGCAAGAGCUUGAGUGAUAUGUUUGGUCGCUAUGGCACUAUACUAUCAUGCAAAGUGGCCACUCACUUUAACGGUCAAUCAAAAGGGUACGGAUUUGUUCAGUUUGCAGAGGAGACAUCUGCCAAUGAUGCCAUCGACAACUUGAAUGGCAAGUUGAACUUGCCAAAGGAAUUCACUCACAGUGACCUUCUGCAAGAGUUUGGUCCAUUCGGUACAAUUACUAGCGUUGUAAUCAUGAGAGAUAAUGAUGGAAUAUCCAAAUGCUUCGGAUUCGUUAACUAUGGGCAAUUAGAAUGUGCUGCAGAAGCUAUGAAAAGUCUUAAUGGGAAGAUGAUUAAGGAUACAAUUUUGUAUGUUGGAAGAGCUCAGAAAAAGUCAGAAAGAGAAGCAGAGCUGAAAGAAAACUUUGAGCGUGCGAGAAAUAAGAAAUUCAAAAAGUUUGAAGGGCUCUGUCUAUACGUGAAGAAUCUAGAUGAUAGUAUUAAUGGUCUAAAUCUUAGAGGGUUAUUUGAAUUUUUUGGUGAGAUAGGAUCAUGCAAGGUUAUGGUUGAUUCACAAGGAAGGAGCCAGGGUGAUGACUUUGUGUCAUUUACAACUAUUGAAGCUGUCCACAAGGCUAUUGACGGGAUGAACAGGAAGAUAGUUGGCAAAAAGCCAUUGUAUGUUGGUGUAGCUCAAUGCAAAGAGGAAAGACGAGCGAUGCUAGUGGUGCCUUCUGCUGAUAAGUGA